AAUAUACAAAGAUCUCGUUAUAUGACAAACUCUUCAUAACAAUUACCAGUAGGAUACAGCGAUGUACGAGCGAUGAGACUCAGUCAUUCUUGUAUGUUUGUUGUCAUUCUGAUAAGCUACAAUCAAGAUGCAUUGACAACUAACCAAAAUGAAAAAUGGGGAGAACUUUGUGGGAAAACAACAAUACUGACACCAAAUCAGUCACUAACAUUUCAAGGAAAAGUUAGUUACGGUGCUCAAAAAUGUAUCACUAGUUUUAAAACAGACGCUGGCUACCUAUUACGACUAAAUAUCCGUUACGUACCUGACUUUCCAGGAUGUAGAAAUUCUUAUUUGCAUAUUGGAAAUGAUGUGUAUCGAACUGACAUUGACUCUCUUACGUCAUAUAAAUUUUGUGAUGUCAUUUGGGAUUUAGAGGUGGUUUCUAGAGGAAACUAUCUAUGGAUUGUAUACAAUAAUUCUGGAAAUGUAACACACAGUAAAGAAAAACCAGUUAUCAGCAUACAAGUUCUUAAAGAAGUGACCUCCUGUCCCGAUGAUUUCUUCCGUUGUUCUCCGGUCCAGUGCAUACCACGUGACCAAAUAUGCGAUAGCAAAAUAGACUGUCAGAACAGGCGGGACGAGUAUUGCUUAGAUAGUCCGUUGAAGAGUGAGUCUUUGCUUGGGAAGCCUGCUUGUUUUGAAUGUGCUGACGGCCGCUGUAUCAAUCCUGUCCUCCCUGUGUAUGAUGAGGAUUUCGAGAAACCAUUAUCAUAUCUCUGUGACGGCUAUAAUCAUUGUUUAGAUGGCACAGAUGAAAGGAAGGAUAUGUGUUACAGAACAAAGAGUAAAGUAUCAGACCUUUUGACAUGUGUUCCCAUGGACACUAGAUAUGGAAUCAACACAACCGUGACAAUGUGGCAGGACCGCGUGUGUGACGGAAUCCCUCAUUGUCUCUACGCCCAAGACGAGGCUUCGUGUCUUCCUGGUGUCACCGUGAAGUUCCGUAUGAACUCGAGUGUCAUCAUUAUUCUAACUUGUGCUGGAACCCUCCUUAUUGCUUGGAUAGCAUGUUUUGCAUACAGAAUACGUAACAAGAGAGAGUCUUCUUCAGACCCAUUCCAGGACCAAAUUACUUCGCGCAGUCGCAUUUAUCAGUCACGUGAUACCCAGAACCCUGCAGAGAUAUGUCGCUUACAGACUGUUUCAGAGGAACCCGAGAAAUGGGAGUAGCUAGAGUGUACCUUCAUACGUUUAUUUUACUA